AGGUGUGCACGAGUGCGGACUGUGGGGAGAACGGGUACUGUGAGGAGGAGCAGGAGGGGGGGCGCACCACCUGUCGCUGCAACACUGGCUUCACCAAGACCGCGGACGGCUGUGUUGACACGUGUGUGCUCCUGGAGUGCGAUGAGAACGGCCAGUGCGUUAAGGACGAGGAGGGGGCGGCGUCGUGUGUGUGUGACGCUGGCUUCACCCUGCGAGAUGAUGGCAAGUCGUGCGCUGAGAUUGCACCCAGGGCUCCACCCGUCGUCCUGCCACCUGCUGCCAGCAACCGCCGCUGCCCACGGGGCCAAGAGAAGGACGCCGAGGGCAACUGCGUUGAUGUGUGCACGGGACUGUGGGGAGAACGCGUACUGUGAGAAGGAGCAGGAGCUCGCAGUCUGCCACUGCAACUGGGGUUAUGCCAUGACCGACGCCGGCUGUGUUGACACGUGCAUACUGCAAGCAUGUGGUGAGAACGGCCGCUGUGUGAAGGACGAGGCAGGGAUGGCGUCUUGUGUGUGUGACGUUGGUUUCACGCUCAUGGGUGAUGGCAGGACAUGCACUGAAAAUUGCAUCCUUAAGAGGUGCCAGGCGCUCACGUCGGAUUGUAUGAAGUAUGAGGAUGGCACAGCGUACUGUGUGUGCAAGCCAGGCUACACACUGCUCUAUGGCACCUGUGUUGGGCCGGCCACGUGUGGCAACUGCCCGUCCCUGGCCACAUGCACGCUGGUCUCCUCCACCAGAAAGGCUCCUUACUGCGUCUGCCCUGCUGGCUUUGGCAUGACCGCCACUGGUUGCGUCCGUGGCGCCCUCCCAACCGUCUCCUCUGCGAGUCUCACCUUCUACAACCAGCCGGGGUUUACCUUGACGCCCUCCACCUACACCUUGCGCGUGAGGUACUCCGGAUGCACCAACCUGCCUUCGACAAUCGGUCUCAACGUGCGGUCAUACUGGCGGGUGGACCGGGCACCGGGAGGGGCGGGGCACUGCCAGUUUGUCAACGCGUAUCGCUUUGCCAACUGCGUUACGCAGGUGGCUCAGCUGCCUGCCCUCUCACUCUCCGGCAUCGCUGCAGCAAGUGUCUC